AAAUUCCCCAAAUUCUUAAUCGGUUCGGUGCCUUGACUUCUCUGAUUCCAGUACCAAUGAGGAAUAUCGCCGAAUCUCACCACGUGCCCUCCUCCUCCUCAUCCGAUUCUGCGGUUCUUCUCAUCUUCUUCCCUGCCUCCAAUUUAACUUAUUCUUCACAACCGAGAUACAGUGCCCUAAAUUCAACCAACAUGCCAAAGAUCUCGCGUCGCCCAAUGUCUCAUUCUUCUGCUAAGUUCUUCUCAGUAUACUUAUAGUUCAAGUCCCAGCUCUGUCUCUGUUUAUUUCGCCGGAAAAUCUUAGAGAACAAUAAAACAGUAGGAAGACGGAAUGGACAUGGAAGUAAACAUGGAAGCUUAGCGUUUUGUGGCUCUCCCGUCCAUGACGGUUGAGGCUCUAAUUCCUCUACUUGAGUGCGAUGUGGAAGCAGCGAAUGAAAUUUUUUCAGCCUUUCCAGGCGAUGAAAUGAAUAAACAAGACAAUCCAAAAAUCCAGGCUUCCAGGGAUAAGAUUCCGGGAGGGGAACUUUGGAAUGAUGGACUCAUCUGUGCUUUUGAAUUUGUCUCUGCACCUCGGAGGGCUAGACUGACAGAAGAAGUUAAAGAGGUGGCAAAAAGGAAAGUCUCACUAGGAGAUCAAACUAAUUGCUUCUUAAGAACAAAAGAUAGUGGAAACUGCUCGAAUGAGUCUUCAUUACCAGUUGAAUCUGGAGUUAAUGAGAAUCAACCAGAGCACCUCCAUGGCAACAGAGAAAGGCUUCCAAGGAGCUAUUGGAGACCAAUUGGUUGGACAAGAAUUUCUGAGCUUAUACAGACCGUGCAGGUUGAAACUGAGUGGGCCUCAUCACAGUCACGUGGUUUCUCAGAUGAAGAAACUGAUAUUACUGUUGCGGAUGUAGCAACUCCUUGCUGGGAACGGCCGGUAGGUCCGACUUGGUGGUGUCAUGUGGAUGCAGGUCAUCCUUUUAUCAGUGCAUGGUUAAGCAGUGCUCAGUGGCUACAUCCUGCUAUUAGCAUUGCUUUGCGAGAAGAAAAUAAACUAAUCAGUGAGCGAAUGAGAUACCUUCUUUAUGAGGUUCCCGUUCGAGUUGCUGGUGGAUUACUAUUUGAACUUCUGGGGCAGGCUGCAGGUGAUCCUUUUGUUGAGGAAGAUGACAUCCCCGUUGUUUUACGAGCAUGGCAGGCACAAAACUUUUUGGUGACAGCAUUGCAUGUCAAAGGCGUUACAUUAAAUGUCAAUGUAUUGGGCAUUAUAGAAGUUGAGGAACUGCUUGCUGCUGGAGGGACAAAUAUACCACAUUGCAUUCACGAGGUUGUAGCACACCUAGCAAGUCAUUUGGCUCGAUGGGAUGAUAGGUUGUUCCGUAAACACGUAUUUGGGGCUGCGGAUGAAAUUGAGUUGAUGUUUAUGAACAGGAGGAACCAUGAGGAUUUACAUCUUUUCAGCAUUAUCUUGAACCAAGAAAUCAGAAGAUUAUCAGCCCAGGCUAUAAGAGUGAAGUGGUCGCUCCAUGCACGAGAGGAAAUUGUUUUUGAACUUUGUCAACAAUUGAGAGGAAGCGAAGCAAGAUCCUUGCUAGAAGGCGUACGGAAGAGUACUAGAGAAAUGUUAGAAGAGCAGGAAGCAGUUCGUACUCGCUUAUUUACAAUUCAAGAUGUCAUGCAAAGCACAGUCCGUUCAUGGUUACAGGAUAGAAGCCUCACGGUGACUCACAAUUUAGGAGUGUUUGGUGGUGGGGGUCUUGUUCUCUCCAUCAUCACAGGCCUGUUUGGUAUAAAUGUAGAUGGAAUACCUGGAGCUGCUGAUGCUCCCUAUGCAUUUGCUCUAUUCUCUGGCCUCCUCGUUUUAUUGGGAAUUCUACUCAUUGGAAUUGGAUUGCUUUAUCUUGGGCUGAAGAAACCCAUUGUGGAAGAAAAUGUUGCAGUCAGAAAACUGGAGCUUCAAGAGCUGGUCAAGAUGUUUCAACAUGAAGCAGAAUCUCAUGCCCAGGUGCGAAAAACUGUACCCCACAAAGAUUUUCCUCAAACAGCAGCACGUAGGAAGUCACCUAAUGGUGCGCAUCAUCUUUCCCUUGUCUAAAAGCUAUUCUUCUUUUUUUCUUCCUUUUUUUUUUUUUGGGUUUGGGGGGGG